AAUGUCUUCCCCGUGCAUGUCCUCUCACAAUUUCAUUCCUUGAGACCCAGCUUUUCGGCCAGGAAGACGACUCAAUCCACCGGCAUCUGAGGAUAAUGAAUCUAUAGGAACCCAUCGCAUCUCAUCCUACAACCGACCCGACCCACCCAGACGCCGCCCAGGAAUCCAAACACCACUCCAGCAGAGCCCGAGACGUGUCUAUCAGCCUGUCACUCAUCAUCACCCCGCCCUCCCAGCUCCCCGUACAGAGAGACCCUCCGGACCUUUUAUCCAAUGCCCAAAAGCAGCAAGGCGGUCGCUCUUGACGAUGAUGUCACCGAGUCCGCCAGGGACCUGCUCUCCAACGAGGAGCCCAGCGAGGACGCCUUCAAGAAGAGCACCCUGAUCGUACCCCGGGAGGGGGCCCGCAAGGACCGCGACGCCGAGGGGGGUCCCGCCUCAGGUGGGGAGGAUGGCGAUGAGGAGGAGGAGGAGGAGGAGGAGGAGCGGCCCGCCUGGAACAGCAAGCUGCAGUAUAUCCUGGCCCAGGUCGGCUUCUCCGUGGGGCUGGGGAACGUGUGGCGGUUCCCCUACCUCUGCCAGAAGAACGGAGGAGGAGCCUACCUGGUCCCCUACCUCAUCCUGCUGAUCCUGAUUGGGAUCCCGCUCUUCUUCCUGGAGCUGGCGGUGGGCCAGCGCAUCCGGAGGGGCAGCAUCGGGGUCUGGAACUACAUCAGCCCCCGCCUGGGGGGCAUCGGCUUCGCCAGCUGUCUGGUGUGCUUCUUCGUGGCGCUCUACUACAACGUGAUCAUCAGCUGGAGCCUCUUCUACUUCUCCCAGUCCUUCCAGCAGCCCCUGCCCUGGCACGAGUGUCCCCUCAUCAAGGAGCAGAACAGCACCUAUGUGGUGCCGGAGUGCGAGAAGAGUUCCGCCACCACGUACUACUGGUACCGCGAGGCCUUGGACAUCUCCGACUCCAUCUCGGAGGGCGCCAAGCUCAACUGGAGGAUGACCGUGUGUCUGCUGGCGGCCUGGACCAUGGUGUGCCUAGCCAUGAUCAAGGGGAUCCAGUCCUCUGGGAAGGUGAUGUACUUCAGCUCGCUGUUCCCCUACGUGGUGCUGAUCUGCUUCCUGGUCCGGGCCUUGCUGCUCAAGGGUUCCUGGGACGGAAUCCGUCACAUGUUCACUCCCAAGCUGGAGAUCAUGCUGGAGGCCAAGGUGUGGCGUGAGGCGGCCACCCAGGUGUUCUUCGCGCUGGGCCUGGGUUUCGGCGGGGUCAUCGCCUUCUCCAGCUACAACAAGCGGGACAACAACUGCCACUUUGACGCGGUGAUGGUGUCCUUCAUAAACUUCUUCACCUCGGUGCUCGCCACCCUGGUGGUGUUCGCCGUGCUCGGCUUCAAGGCCAACAUCAUGAGCGCCAAGUGUGUGACUGUGAACACCAAGAGGAUCGUGGCGUUGCUAGGCAACCAGCUGAGCCGCAACCUCAUCCCGGCCCACAUCAACCUGACGGAGGUCAGCGCCGAGGACUACCAGAAGCUGACGGACAUCAUCAGGGGGGAGAAGGGGGCGGACUACCCCAGCCUGGGCCUGGAAACCUGCAGCAUCGAGGAGGAGCUGAACAAGGCCGUGCAGGGCACCGGUCUGGCCUUCAUCGCCUUCACGGAGGCCAUGACGCACUUCCCGGCCUCCCCGUUCUGGUCGGUGAUGUUCUUCCUCAUGCUGAUCAACCUGGGCCUGGGCAGCAUGUUCGGCACCAUCGAGGGCAUCCUCACCCCGCUGAUCGACACCUUCAAAGUGCGCAAGGAGUUCCUCACAGUGGGGUGCUGCCUGCUGGCCUUCCUCAUCGGGCUGCUGUUCGUCCAGCGCUCGGGGAACUACUACGUGGCCAUGUUCGACGACUACUCGGCCACCCUGCCGCUGCUCAUCGUGGUCAUCCUGGAGAACGUGGCCGUGGCCUGGGUCUACGGCGUGGACAAGUUCUUUGAAGACCUGAAGGACAUGCUGGGCUUCACGCCCUUCCGCUUCUACUACUACAUGUGGAAGUACGUCACGCCCAUCCUGCUGCUGGUGCUGCUGGGCUCCAGCCUCAUCCAGCUGUGCAUGACCCCCCCCAGCUACAACGCCUGGAUCCAGGAGCUGGCCAUGGAGAAGCUGGUGGAGUUCCCUCCGUGGGGCGUGUUUGUCUGCAUCUCCCUGGUGGUGACGGCCGUGCUGCCCGUUCCCGUCGUCUUCUUCCUGCGCUACUUCAACGUCAUCGACGACAGCAUGGGCGGCGUGGGGGCCGUCUCCUACAAGAAGGGCCGCAUCAUCAAGGAGGUGUCCCGGGCCGACGAGGACGACGACGCCAGCCUGAUCCACGCCCGCUCGCCCAGCGAGGCGCCCUCGCCCAUGCCCGGGAAUAGCAUCUACCGCAAGCCCGCCGGGACCGGGGGCCCGGACUCUGACACCGCCCCCAACGGCCGCUACGGCAUCGGAUACCUGAUGGCGGACAUGCCCGACAUGCCCGAGUCCGACCUCUGAAGGCCGGACCCCUGAGGGUCUAGAGUUCUGAAGGUCAUGACCCCUG